UUUUUGAAAGAAAUUGGAUUUGAUGAAGCUUUCAACUACAAGACAGCUGGUUCUUUGGAGGAGGCACUGAAGAAGGCAUCUCCAGAGGGAUAUGAUUGUUACUUUGAGAAUGUUGGUGGAUAUUUCGCCGAUGUGGCUUUACAACAAAUGAGACCAUUUGGAAGGAUUGCUGUUUGUGGAGCUAUUGCUCUAUACAAUGAUGAAGUCCCCCGAAAAGGGGAAUAUGUCCAUUUCCCAUUAAUCUUCAAACAAUUGCGAAUGGAGGGAUUCACAGUCCAACGGUGGCUAAACAGAUAUGACGAGGGUCUCGAGAAACUAAUGCAAUGGGUAGUAGAGGGGAAGCUGAAGUACCAUGAGCACAUCACUAAAGGCUUUGACAACAUGCCCUCUGCAUUUAUUGGAAUGUUGAAAGGA